AUGUGGCGGUUGUUGAGGUGGGCACUGACGCAGAAAGGCAACGUGCCUCGUCGCUGGGCGCGGUGUGGUGCGGAGGCGGCCACAGAUGCCAUGCCGCCACCUGUGCGACAGUCAAAGAAGCCGCGGGUGCUGCACACAGAGGAGGGGGCGGUGGCACCCCCACCCACCACAGAGGCUCUCUACAAGAAAAACAACCGUGCGGCAGCUGCCGCUAAUAAUAAUAAUAAUACUACUAAUGACACCCACGAUUUACGUGGCGUUGAGGGAGGCUUCGACGGGGUGCCGCAGGAAAGCAUUGAUGCUACGACGCACAUGUUCACGCCAACCCUAGAUAUGGAGGAGGACUGGGCUCCGGUCAUGGCCCCAACGAGCAGCAGCUCUAAUGAAGGUGUUCUUUCGUCUAUUGACAUGAUAUGCGAUGACUUUUUUUCGUGCAAAACGGAUGUCUUGAAGUCAUUCGCACGGACCCGCGCAGUGAGUGGAGCAACGAAGUCGGAGCUUGUGAUGAAUCUCAUUGACCUUGCCAACCGUGAGGCGCACGGCGAGAGCCACGACCUCAGCAUCACCAAAAGGGUUCUUGGCGAUGUCUUCAACGAGGAGGUGCGUGUGAGCGGUGUGCGGUCGCAGUGGACAAACAAGUCGCUUGAGGCCUCACACGUGGAGAUGGCGUGUGACGGUCAUCUUAAGUUUGAGGUGAUGAGCUAUACACAAAAGACGCUGAUGGUGCGUCGCAACGCCUCUGAAUCUGGGCGGGUGUUGCGGAAACUCAUCCGCCCCUUUCAGCAAGACUACCAGCGCACUGCGGAGGCAGCUGUAGGUGGGGUGUUUCGGAAUUUUAAAGCGGAGGCGGAUCAACUUGUGGAAGAGCUGCCCGCUGUGGAGGUGGUGGGUCCCUUCACCUCUUUCCUUGUCUCCUACGUGCGCUACGCGACCUCGGGAAAUCUGCUGACACGCACAAAUGUGAUCGAGCGCCUGGAGCAGCUUGGGCUGGUGCAGAUGGCGGUGGAGGACUGCGGUGACGCAACUCUGCAGCGUCUGAUGGCGUUACUCGACGAUGUAGUCGCAGAGGUGGAGCGGCGAGCGGGGUGCUUUGGUGACAAGCGUACCUCGUGGGGCACAGAGACACCAGAGGUGUUGCGUAGCUCCGUUCACGCGUUUGCAGACAGCUGGGCGCAGCAGCCACACGGUGAGGUGGGCGAGGGGGCCCCCGCCUGGGUUCACGACUUAGUACGCAUGUUUAACAACUGGGAUGCCAUUGUUCGUACAGACAUUCCAAUGCUUGAGGAUGUGCCACGGUACAUCUUUGAUUGCAUUCUUAACGGGGUGGUGUGCUUCCAUCUGCUGCAGAAGGUGUACGGCGAUAUAAUUGUCCCUACAGAUGUUCCGUUGCCUGUGCGAACUGCAGUGCGGCGAGCGAUGGAGGCACACUUUAAGGAUGAGGAAAAGGCGGCGCAAGCCUUGGCGAAACUCUUUGCGUACGUACAGGCUCCUGGUGACUCCGGUGUUGUGAAGGCUGAGUUUUUUCCAGCCGUCCUCUCCCAAAUGCAAGGCGCCUUUCAUGACACGGAGCAGAGCGCUUUGCACAACGCCCGGGUGGCUCUCGUCCUGCGUGAAGUGUGCACAACCGCCUCACGGUGUACCCGCACCUGUGGUCUUUUUCACAUGCUCGUGAAGAUCACGGAGGAUCUUCGCUUUCACUUCCGGUUUAACACCAUCUUCAAGAAGCUCAGCGGAAGGGAUCGCACCACGAUUCGCACCAGGUACAGCAUCAACAUGGUGAAGACGUGUGAGUACUUUGAGCAGGAGUUUGCGGUGACGCCUAUUUCCACGAAGGCGGUGGGUUUUCUGGUGAUUCAACUGCUGCACAUGUCCAUGCGUGGGGCGGGCAGCAGUCGCCCCAUACUGGAGCGAUUUACCAGCGUGACCCGCCUCGAGGAGUUUUCUAUUGUGGGCAUGUCUAACAUGGAGGCGACGCAGAUUCGAGAUCUGCGGGUUGCCUUUCCCCCGCAACUUUCCUACAACUCCUGGCUGCAUCAGUCGGACACGAAGGAAAAGUCGGUGUACAACGUGCUUCCGUCUGUCGCGGUGAAAGGGUCCACCAACCAGGCGAUGAUUAUCUCGCAGGCCCCGAUGAUGAAGGCCCUCGACGCGAUCUCCCGCGUGCCAUGGCGCAUUAGUAAAUACAUGCUGCAUGUGCAGGAGGCCAUUGUGAGGGAGGGCUACGGCUUUGGAAAGAUCCGCCCCGCCUUCUACCCUCUGCACUACUGUGCCAAGAGUCGCGGGGAUAUUUCCUACGAUACUACCGAGAAUGUAGAUGGCAGUGCCGAUUGCGAGGUCUACAACCUACAGCAACGUCGUGAGUACGAGACACAGCAAGAUGAGGAUUGGAAGAGUCUGUCAGAGCAGCGCAGUAACCGCAUUCACUACCUGCAGGCGCUUCGGCAGGCCCGCUCACUCGUGCAGUUCUCACAUAUUUACUUUCCGAAUAGCAUGGACUUCCGUGGACGCAUGUAUCCACUGCCGGGGCGGCUGAAUCACACGGGGUCAGAUCCAUUCCGGGCCCUACUAGAGUAUGCAGAGCCUAAGCCACUCGGCGAGACUGGACUGUAUUGGCUGAAGGUGCAUUUAGCGAAUAAGAUGGGGAUGAGCAAGCUCUCCUUUGAUGAGCGUGUGCAUUAUGUGAAUGAGCACAUUGAGGACGUUGUGCGAAGCGCGGAGUCACCGUUCCACGGCGACAAGUGGUGGCAGGAGGCUGCGGAGCCUAUGCAAUGCCUCAUGGCCUGCAAGGAGUUAGCGGACGCGCUCAAAUGUUCACAGGGGGCGACAAACUUUCUCUCACGUAUUCCGGUUGCCGUGGACGGCAGCUACAACGGCCUGCAGCACUACUCGGCCAUUGGUCGUGACGCCUUUGGCGCACAAUUGGUCAACCUGGUGCCGAGUGAACGACCGGCCGACGCCUACACUGGGAUUUUGAGGGAAAUGAUGCGGUCCAUCACGGCGGACGCAGAAAAGGACAGCCCCGUGGCGCAGCGCUGCCUUGGCACGGGGAAGGGGCAGGACUGCAACCACGUCAAGCGGAAGACGAUUAAGCGGCCUAUUAUGACCCAGGUGUACGGCGUUACCGGCUAUGGCAUGUCGGAGCAGAUCCUCGAUGAGCUGGUGAAGCAGAACAAGAAUCACGGGCUGUGGACCUCGACCGACAUGCGGGAGAUGGCAGACUACCUGCGGGAGAAGGUGCUGGAGUCACUUGGCAUCACCUUUCGUGAGACACAGAACUGUCGACGCUGGAUCACGGAUGUGACGAACCUGAUAUGGGAGUCGCAACCCGCGGAGCUGCGCACGGCGCUGUGCUGGACCACGCCGCUUGGUCUCGUAGUGCGGCAGCCGUACAAGGUGCGGAAGGAGAUGACGCUUUUCACACCACACGGGUGCUCACGUGUGCCAGGCGACGCCUUUUCUGCGGCAAGCCGAAAGCAGCUGACAGCUAUCGCCCCAAACUUGAUUCACUCGCUUGACGCGACGCACCUUGCGAUGACGGCGAUUGAGAUGCAAAACAUUGGCCUCUCCAUGAUGGCCGUGCACGACAGCUACUGGACGUACGCCUGCGACCUCCCCGUGCUGAGCAAAGUGCUGCGCCAGCAGUUUGUGACACUCUAUAGCAAAUACGACCCGCUUUGGGAGCUGAAGGAGCAGUGGGAGGAGGCGUACUUUAUGGAUCUCAGACGACACGGCACGCUCCUGCCGGAUCCACCGAAGCGUGGGGACCUCGACUUGAGCGUGGUGCUAGACUCGCCGUACUUUUUCUCCUAA